AUGCCACGCCUCAAAGUUCAGGUUGGUCCCGAUCAAUUCCACAUGGAAGACGCUUGCCUUAACGACACCCUCCAUCCUCACGAGAUCGAUACCGAGCACUUUGUUGGUCGCGUCCUCGUCCGCAUCCUCGACGCUCCCGGAGCCAAGGAAAGCGAGCCAGGUCGCGAGUACUUUGAAGGACGUUCGCGCAAGUUCUGCAUCCAGAUUGAAGGUCGCUUCAAGCGGCGUCUGAGCGGCAACGACGUCCUCUUCGGCACAGACUUCGAUCGUAUUGUCGACUUCCCUCGCGCUCCUUUCAACGCUGGUAUGCGAGUCGCAAAGUACAUCGACCCAUGCACCUUCUACAAGCUUGAUCCGGAUUCGGGUCGUCCCUACAUCAUGUCGCCCUACAUUGCAUGCAUGAACACCUUCUGUGCUUGGCCAGCACCGUCACGCGCACACGACGCCGUUGUCGUGCUGCGACACACACAUCGUGGAAGCACUCCCGAUACCUCUCGCCCACCAAUACCGAUGAUUGGCCCCGAGAAGUCGAAUCACGGUCCACAAAACGCUCUCGUGGCCAGCCCACAUGGCACAGACGACGAGGACGAGGGCGAUAUUGUGCCACGCGAAUCACUUGACCGCAGCCGCAGCAUGAGCGAGAAGGAUGGCAACGGAGCUGCAAAGAAAAAGAAGGGCUGGUUUGGCGGUUUUGGUGGAAGCAGUGCGCCAAAAGAGGAGCGUAUCCUCAAGAAGUACUGGCGCUUCGUCGGAUUCAAGGACGAGCCCCGAGUGCGUGGACUUCUCGAGGCUCAUCACGCAAAGCUGCGUGGAGGCAGCAGCUCUGGCAACCAUUCCGAGGCAGAAGGUUCCAACACAGAGGCGCGUGCUCCUGCACCUCGGGACAGUCUAGGCAGCGUUGGCUCGAAUGAUGUCCAGCAUGGUCCAGCUGGCCAGACGCUCUCGUUCCUUGGUACAGGCAAGCGCACUGAGCUCGACCGAACACCUGAUCGUGCUUUGACGCCCAAUCACGGGAACGGAGGUGAAGGGAUGCUCAUGUCGCCUCGUGUUGGCAGUGGAAGCUUCAGCGAUAUUGGUGCCAACGAGAUCGCAGCAGCUCCUCCUAGCGAUGUCAAGGACGAUGGCAACUCCAGUGGUCCCGCUCUCGUAGCGCCAAAGCCCAAGCACGGCGUGGCUGCACCGCUCGACGAGGCCGAUGCCCCUGCUGCCGCUCCAUCAUCUGCACAUGCCAAGACCGGCUCUGCAUCUGAGGAGAAGCCCGAGAUGCCAAAGCUCGAACGCAUCGCCACCUCGGUGCGUCACGAGAUGGAAGAAUCAGCCAGAUCAGAUGGUCUCAAAGAUGGAGAUUUCAAGCUUGCAGACGCUCUUGCUCACACCCACAUUUCACGAAGCAACAGUGCUCAAGGCGAUGCCAACAAUGCAGCUUCAUCCAAGCUCGACGAGCAACUGGGCCCUUGGCGCUUUGCAGAUCCCGGUACAGACAUGAUCGAGGACAAUGCUUUCAUCUUCACCACUCAGUCGCUAUCCGUGCCUCGCCGACGCAAGCAUUUCGCAUCGGAAAAGAAUCGACUCGACUUCCACUACGACCCGGACGUGGUCUACGGAGCUUCAUUCUUCACCGAUGCGAUGGACUUUAACACUUUCAACCUGGGCAUCGGGCCUGUCAAGUUGAACGUAGCCAAGUGGUUCAAGGACAUGCCAGUAAGGUACACGCUCAGGAACACCAAGGACGAGAACUUGACGUACGUGACUAUAAGCUUCCAACUCGUUGACGAGUAA